AAAAAGCGCUAAAAAAGAGAUGCCAAAAGAAAUAAACAAAAAAUUGAAAUAAAACAAUACAUAAUAUGUAGACUUAACCUAUUGAAAAUUUAACACCAUAAUCAUAAUUGCAGGAGUUCUUAGCAAAUUCUGCUGACAAACCCACGGUAGGUGAAACUAGUUGUUUCACCUGGGUGUGCGAUUAUGAAAAGGUGGUUAAAAAUAAAUAAUUAAGAAACUAUAGGCAAUGUACAUGACUUUUCAUUUGAUGCAGCUUUACACAAGCUGGCAUACUGCUGAUUAUCAAGCCUACUCUGCAGACUGAACCAUUUCAGAAUUUUUAGUCAUGUCCCUCUCCUGAAAUCUCAGUCAAGCGUUAAUCAGCGACAAAUGUUGACAGAAAGCUAUGAUCUGAAGCUGAAGUUACCAGUUAUAGUUAUUUUACAAAUUUGAUUCAUCUUCUGAUCUUUUUUCAGAUUGGGAAACAUGCUAGUUACCAGGUUCUUCCGUUCCCUAGUGGCACUUGCUAUGCUGCCUUACUGGUCAGCGUACUCAACUGAACUUGAGGUCAAGACAAUUGAGCUGAGCGGAGAUAUAAUAAUGGGAGGACUCUUUCCAAUUCACCAAAGAAGUAAGCAGACAGAGAAUGCUUGUGGUGUUAUUGAUCUUCAACCUGGAUUCCAGUACUUGGCCGCCAUGUUAUUUGCCAUUGAGGAAAUCAAUAACGACCCGAACCUGCUCCCGAACAUAACACUCGGUACGAAAAUCUACGACACUUGCCGAAGUCAAACAAUUGCUGCUGACCGUGCGAAAGACAUAAUAAAAUACACUCUUGUGGAUCAAGAUGCGCCAUUAGCAGGAGUUAUUGGACCUUUUGUUAGCGAUGUUUCCAUAGCAGUGGCAAACUUACUGCGUGUGUUUGACAUCCCUCAGGUCAGUUAUGGAUCAACUAGCGCGGAUUUAAGCAACAAGGAGAUUUUCAGCUACUUUUUUCGCACCGUUCCACCUGAUUCCUUUCAAGCACACGCUCUUGUCGAUGUUAUCAAAGAGUACAACUGGGACUACAUAUUUACCAUCAACUCCCACGGGAAUUAUGGGCAGAAAGGAAUGGCUGAACUACGGAAGGCUGCAGACGCCGCAGGCAUCUGUGUCGCAGACGCUGCUCAACUUCCAAGUCUCCCAAAAGAUGAAGAUUUUAAUGAGGUUAUUAAGAACAUGGUCAUAAGGAGAAGAGAAAGUUCAAAUUCUGUAAACACUAUUGUGCUGUUUACAACCCACGCCGACUCUGCUGAUUUACUCCGCGCAGCUAAAGAGGCUGGGGCGACCCAAUUUACCUGGGUUGGGAGCAACGGCUGGAGCAAUCGUUUUGACGUCACAAACGGAAAUGAAGAAGUCGCAGACGGCUCCCUAACUGUCAAUCAUCUUGAAGGAGAGAUCCCGCGAUUCCAGAAACACUUUAAGAAUUUAAAACCAAGUAACAACAAGUUUAAUCCUUGGUUUGUCGAAUUCUGGGAAGAAAUAAUGAAAUGCAAUAUCCCUGGAGCAAACGGAAGCGUUGCAAAUAUGUCAAGAUCUUGCAGGAGCGAUGAAACAUUACCUUCUGGAAUGGAAAUGGCGCCUGUGCGAGUGGUGAUCAAUGCAGUCUAUGCUAUGGCGCAUGCGCUGCAUAAUCUUCAACAACACUACUGUCCAGGGGUGAACGGCAUCUGCGUCAACAUGACCAAAGAGUUUCAAAGAGAGAAAUUGCUUACAUUUCUAAGAAACGUGACCUUUUUAGAUUCUGCUUUAAACGUCACCAUUCGUUUCAAUCAAAAUCAAGAAAUAGAUGGUGUAUAUGACAUUAAAAACUUCCAAAAUGAGGAUGGUGGAGACUGGAAAUACAACAAUAUUGGAAAUUGGCAAGGGCAAUUGUUCCCGGAUAAUAAAAUCCAAGGAAUGCUGAAAGUAAAUAAUUCUCUGCUACGCUGGGGCAGACAUAAGGCGCAUCCUCCUACGUCAUUUUGUAGCAAGCCUUGCAAUGAUUCACAGAUACACAAACCAAGAAAACGAGAUCCUAAGUGUUGCUGGGACUGUAUAAACUGCAAGGACAACGACAUCAUCAAAAAUGACACCUGUCAAUCAUGUCCAAUAGGUUACUCACCUAGUGAAAACCUGGUUUUCUGUGCAAAGCUACCUGUGCUGUAUCCAAAGUGGUCAAGCACUCCUAUCGUAACCUUCACUGUUAUUACAAUCUUAGGAAUGCUAGGCACGUUAACCACAGUGGCGUUAUUCAUAAAGCAUAGAAGUCACAGUUUUAUCAAAGCAGCUGGCAGGGAGUUAAGCGCCAUUUUGUUUUUAGGGGUGAUGCUUUGUUACGUAACACCGUUCACAUUUUUUGGCCAACCGACCGACAGGCUUUGCGGCGUGCGGCGUUUUCUUGAAAGUGUGAGCUUUACCGCAUGCUAUGCUCCUGUACUCAUGAAGACAAUUCGUAUAUACCGAAUCUUCCAAAGCGCCAAGAGCUCAGUCACCCGGCCUUCACUCACCCGGCCUGGAUCACAGGUCCUUAUUUCCAUAGGGCUGAUAGUAGUACAGCUAUUGCUCACCACUUUGUGGUACAUUUCUGAUGUCCCCAGGGCCCAGGAAGUGUACCCCUCUCAGGGCAUUGUUAUUGUCCAGUGCGCAGUCAACGAAUUUACAUUAGCAGUAAAUAUUUGCUACAACUUUCUUCUAAUGUUCUUAUGUACUAUCUUUGCAUUCAAGACGCGAAAUUUUCCAAGGAAUUUCAACGAGGCAAAGUGCAUUGGUAUCAGCAUGUACCUCACCUGUUCCGUGUGGAUCAUCUUCCUUCCAUCUUAUUUAAACACGUCCGACGCUUUCAUUCGUGUGUAUUUAAGCUGCGCGACUUUCAUUGUGCUCGGUACCAUAACUCUGUGCGGUUUGCUGGUUCCCAAAGUAAUCAUUCUUUUCUUCACAAAUGGCCAACCCCCUAACGUCACUGAAAGCUAUACUGUGCCUGCUCCGCUAGGGAACACGGGAAACCGCAUGCUAAGUAGCGCGGUUGCGGGUUCACAGUUGCAAUGGGGUCACUCUCUCAAGAGGUGUGCAAGGCCGCUCAAGGAACCGCCACCCACUCAAUCUCACACUGGGAGCUCCAUAGGUACAAGCACAUCCAACUUACACAAAGUUUCUACAGAAUUAGCGGCGGCUUAGAGUUUACUGGUUCAUUGGUAGUUAUAGGAACCAUUUCACAGCAAGACCGACCUUAACCGCAAACUACAUAUAUAACAACUGUUUACUAAGAGACGAAUGAUGAUUUCAUUUUUCGCGGUGUAUAAAAUGGCUUUCACAUCGAAGAAAACGAGUCUGAAUAUGACGAAAACACUACAGAAACGCGCCAUGACUGAAGUAGUUUGGUUACAGUCGUUAGAUAUAGAAUAUGACAAGGAAAGUGCUCAGGUAACAAGUGAAAGAUUAUGUUCAAAAAUCGUCACUUUCCAUCAGCUUGUUAUCUUUAUUUCUUAUCUUAAAAUCAACUGCGCUGAUUCCCUUCGAGUUACAUACACCAAGACUUCAACACACCGAAACUAUAGCUCCACAAUUACCCAUGCGUGUAUUCUCUCAAGUAGCGCAGGUUAGGAGAGUUUUUUUCUCAACAAGGUGUUUAACUUGACUGUUCAGCUGUUGUUACUUAUAAAAAAAAAAUGACCAGUGUUCGAAAUUCAGUACACCCUGCUUUUUGUUCGAGUAAUUUACCAUCUUGGUUCUUAGGCCAAUGAAUUCAUUAAACCCAUACAAUUCCUGUACUAUCUCAGUUCUCCUUUUAAAAUAUACUUAACUUUGAUUGACAGUAUUUCCUGUUCUGCAAUUUAUUUUGUAUCACGAAGCAAUGAAAUUCACGCCACGAAAGCAUCACGUUGGCGUAAGAAAUCAAGCGAGCUAUAUUUCAAGCUGUAAAUAAGUGGCUAUGUACAUUGGAAAACGAUUGAAUAUAUUAUUGUUAAGGGUCCGUCCACAGUAUGCCGGAGCAAUUUGAAAACGCAACAAUCACCGGUCACCUUUGGAUUUUGGAUUGAGUACAACUCGGUCAGAGAAAUCACAUCAUUAUCGUGACGUCAUCAUUGUUUUCAAAAUGUUUUCCGUCUACAUUAAAACGCAAAGCAGGCGUUUUCAAAUUCC